GUUUCCUGCCGCUGGAUGUCUUUGUCUUCUCAGAGACUCAGAAACUCCGAGAGGAGGAACAUGUCCUCCGUACAGCUGCUGCGGGUGUUGGUACAUGAGCGGAUCCGCGCUGCCGCUGAAGACUUCCUGCUGCAGGUGGAGAAAGGAGGAGGAAAGGCUCGAGUCCCGGAGCUGAGAGCGAUGCUCACCGAGCGGCUCACGGCUGCGGGGGAGCAGAUCCUCGCGGAGCUGGAGGAAACCUUGUUAGAGUCCGAGGAGCGAGUGGAGCGGACAGAGCGGUCCCAGCGGGAGGUCUGCCGCCAGAGGAGGCUGCUCGAUGCCGCGAUGCAACCCGUAGUCCGGCUGCACAGAGCAGUGUGUCCUGCAGACGUCCAGCAACUAAUGGUGAAAAAAGAAGAGGUUCCCCCUGAGCAGCAGCAGUGGAGCCCCCUUGUGGACCAGGAGGACCCAGAGCCCCCCCACAUUAAAGAGGAGCAGCUGGAACCUUGGACCAAUCAGGAUGGACAGCAGCUUCAAGGACUGGAGGAGGCUGAUAUCAAGUUCACAUUGACUCCUGUCGCUGUGAAGAGUGAAGAAGAUGAAGAGAAACUUAAAUCAUCAAAGCUUCAGCUGAGUGGGAGGAAAGAGAACAGAGCGAACUGUGGAGGACCAGAACCAGCCAGGAUAUCAGGUCCUGAUGGACGUUUACAACCAGGUCCUGAGGACAAGGCUGAAGACUCUUCUGAGACUGAAGUCAGUGAGGAUGAUUGGAUGGAGACCAGGGAACCUCAGACUGGUUUAAAUACAAGAAAUAACACAAAGCCUUUAAGUGAUAUGGGAUGUAAGACAGAAAAAAAAACAUUUAGUUGCUCUGAGUGUGGUAAAAGAUUUGACAGAAGGAGCAAUCUAAAUACACAUAUGAGGAUUCAUACAGGAGAGAAACCGUUUAGUUGCUCUGAGUGUGGUAAAAGAUUUAUCCAUAGGGGCCAUUUAACUGCACAUAUGAGGAGUCAUACAGGAGAGAAACCGUUUAGUUGCUCUGAGUGUGGUAAAAGAUUUAUCCAUAGUUUCCAUCUAAAUAGACAUAAGAGGAUUCAUACAGGAGAGAAACCGUUAAGUAGAUCUGAGUGUGGUUAAAGAUUUAGGAUUCAGUCCUAUUGUACGAGACGUGAGGAUUCCUAAAGGAGAGAAGUGAUUCAGUGUCAACCUUUUCAACAAAAGUUUUAGUAUGAUUUAUCAGCAGAUCUUCAUUUUAUACAUAUUCAUAGUUCAGUUAUAAAUAGACUAAUAAUAGUUUAUGUCCCUAGAAAAUAUAACUCAUUGAAUAACACAAAAGAUUUGUGUUUAUAUAUCUUGUUUCUACUGAUUUCUACCUAAUGUAUCUAUUUUCAUAAAGUCCUUCAUCUCAUUUUAAGGUUAAAGUGUGGACCUUGCACAGUAUGAACGUGUGUUCUUAACUAGUUCAUAUUAUUAAAUUUGUUUGUUUUAAAACAAUGAUCAGUUGUUUUGUGAAAUUCAAUGACUGUAUGUUCUCAUUUAUGUAUUGAAUGUGUUUCCAAGAAUAAAAGUCAGAUAAAAAGAUAA